AUGCCUAUGUAUGCCUUGGGUGUCACCCCGCUUAUCGCUGAUGUUGCUUCUGCCGACGUGGUACAGGAAUGGUACGCGGAUGAUUCUUCAGCUGGCGGCCGCCUACGCCCGCUACGGCGAUGGUGGGAUGACCUGAAUGCAAAAGGGUCGGAUUAUGGGUACUUCCUGAAUGCAACAAAGUCGAUCCUGCUCGUGAAACCCGAGGCGUACGAGGAAGCCACUGUGAUUUUUGCUGGUACUGGUGUGCGUAUUGAGAAGGAUGGUUGUCGUCAUCUAGGAGCAGCCCUUGGCACGCCGUCCUUUGUGGAAGAGUACGUUGCUAAUAAGGUCACCGACUGGGUCCAGCAGAUUCGUCGUCUAGCUGAAUUUGCAUCGACUCAACCUCAGGCAGCCUACAGUGCCUUCAUUCAGGGACUACAGCCGCGGUGGUCCUUUCUCUCAAGAACCCUUGAGGAUGCUCCUGCACUGUUUGGUCGUCUUGAAGACGUGAUUCGGGACAUCCUGAUCCCAGCUCUGACAGGCCACGCGCCACCGUCUUCUCAGGAGCGUGCACUGCUGGCCUUCCCAUGUCGCCAUGGUGGUCUUGGCAUCACCGACCCGACAUCUAUGGGCGGCAACUACCGCAAUUCACGCAAGAUCACGACAUCCCUGUGGGAGAAACUAAUCGCCCAAGAUUCCUCCCUAGAUGGCACCGCGGCGCAAGUUCUCCGCAUGAAGGCAGAGGUACGUACGACCUUGCGAACCAACCUCCUGGCAGCCGUGAAGUCUUUCAAGGAUGGUGCUGGAGCAGAGCUUGAGCUGCAAUUGACCCUAGCUUCGGAGAAGGGGGCCUCCAGCUGGCUGACUUGCCGCCCUCUAGCCAUCCAUGGAUUUCGUUUGUCCAAGGCGGAGUUUCGCGAUGCCCUCUGUCUCCGGUACGGGUGGACACCAGCACGCCUGCCAUCAGGAUGCGUCUGUGGCCACGGUAACUUUGACGUCACCCAUGCCUUGUCCUGCAGUACUGGGGGAUUCCCCAGUAUUCGACACAAUGAAAUUCGAGACCUCACGGCUGAUGUUCUGCGUCAGGUCACGCAUGGUGUGUGCACAGAACCGAUGCUGCAGCCAGUCACCGGAGAGAAAUUCCGGCUUCUGUCCACAACGACCGCUGAUCAGGCUCGUCUUGAUGUUGCCGCCAACGGAAUCUGGGGUGGCCGAUUUGAGCGCACCUUUCUUGAUAUAAGGGUUUUCAACCCCUACGCUGCCUCAAAUCGCGCUGCCUCAGUUUCCUCAGUGUAUGCACGUCAUGAAAAGGAGAAACGCCGGAGAUAUGAGCAGCGUCUGCUUGAGGUUGACCGCGCCACGUUCGUGCCAGUAGUGCUGUCAGCCACUGGUGGCACUAGCAAGUGUGCAUCGGCCCUGUUCAAGCGUCUUGCCAGCAUGCUAUCUGACAAGCUGAAGGAGCCGUACUCCGUGACGAUGGCAUGGCUUCGCUGCAAGCUAAGCUUUGCAUUAGUCCGAGCUAGCGUGAUGUGCCUUCGUGGGGCAAGAUCAUCCGCACACCGUGUCACCAGGGACCCCGCGUCUGUAGUGGUAGCCGAGGCACGUGUUUCCUUGCAGGACUGUUGAACUAAAGUCAGACAUGUACAUUUUUGUCUAGAGGUCUGUCAUGUACUUGUCAUGAUUCUUUUCUAUUUUAUUCUUUUUACCAGGCGUGGGCCAUCCCCUGGAUUAUCAAAAUGGGUGCCUUAUUAUUUUCUUUUUUUCUUUUUCUUUUUCUGUUUAUUCUUUUUACCAGGCGUGGGCCAUCCCCUGGACUAUCAAAAUGGGUGCCUUAUUAUUUUUCUGAGUGCAAUAA